AUGACCCCGUCCGCGAACCGCAUCUCCACCUAUACAUCCACCUCUGUACAGUCAGAUGGUCGGAAUGGCGACCAGAAGAAGGAUCUAUGGACGUGUAUGCUAGACUCCGUCGCCAGUGGCAAGAGGUUACCGGAGAAAAAUGUCUUGGUUUUCGGCGGUACACCGGAAUCUCAACGCGAAUUUCUCGACUCCCUCUCUAAUGGCGACCAGAGGCGCCUGAUCGAUAGGCAGCGAGUGCCUCCUAUCGCCAACAACUUCGCCCUCGGAUACACUUAUUACGAUGUCCUCGACGCUGACCAGGAGGACACCCUCGCCCGCAUAUCGCUCUACCUCCUCUCGACGCCUUCCCCCGCCUUCACUUCGCUUAUCAAACCCCUCCUCACCCCCGAAACUAUACCGAAUACCCUCAUAGUCGUCCUCCUCGACUGGUCCGGGCCUCAUCUGUUUUUGCGCCAGCUGCAGGAAUGGAUCCUCAUGCUUCGCGAUAUUCUCCAGUCCCUCGACGCCCGCUGCGUAGACGCCAUGCAAGACGUCAUGGUCUCGUGGCGAGAUCGCGGAAGAGGAGGCGGUACGGUGAACCUGGACGGCUCUGGCGCCGAUAGGAUGGAGAUGCUCGAAAAGAGCCAGGGAUGGAAAGAGGCCGACUUUGACCAGAUUCUCCAGUACCUACGAACCAUUCUCCUACGGCAUUCUCGUGCCCCCAACUGGGACUCGUGGGGCAAGAUCCGCGUUCUGCGCGAGGGCUUCGACGUCGAGACCGUUUCAAACGGCUGGGCCGACGAUAUCCGCCAGGACUGGCCCCUCGCCCCGACCAGCAACGGCUACCGCCGCGGCGACGAAGACGGCGACCCCUUCACGAGUCAGGGAAGUGACGUGGACCGGCACCAGCAGGAACUCUCAGCCCUAACUCACUACGAAGAUUGGGUCCCCGAUGCGAGCGCCGGUGGCCUGCAGCUCACCGAACCCGGGUCCUCGGACCCCAUGCGCCUCGAAGUCAUCUCGGACGACCCUCAAAAGUUCCUGCUAGACCAGGGCAAGCUUCUCGACAUGCUCAAGAAACCGGCGGAUGACCUGGACCUCGUGAGGGCCGGCGCCGUGGGAAGCAUCGUUUCCGACCACAUUGGCCCCGUGCAGUUCAACAUGGGCGGCAUCCAGGUAGAUGCCGACGACAUGGUCCAGAGGCUAAAGGACCGGCAAGACUAUAGUUCUACCCCUGAUCCCACCACGCCCCCGCAGAUUCGGCCCCUCCCUCGCUGGACAAUACCGCCGGCCUCGAGGCUUUCUUCCUGA